AUGAGCGCGAACAAAUACGCAAACCUUCCCGACAUCGAUACUGCACCAGAUGUCUAUGAAACGGAGGACGUGUUUCCCUCAUCUGAUACCAACAGAGGAGAUUCGGAUUCUGACGAACCCUCAGGUCCGCGGGUACGCACUCAGCGGGGUACAGAUGUCUCGAAAGAAGAGCUCGAUAACAGCAACUUGAUCAGCGCGGAAGAUGCGAGCAGACACUUUCGAAGAGCUGAACGACGUCGCCAGGAAUCACGCUUUGCAUACCCCCCGUCACCGACAUCCUCUCCAUCACGUUCGCCAUCGCCGAGUAGGCGACCUCUCCCUGCGCGCUUACGAGCACUACAAGCUGAGCUUGCUGCUUUGGAGGGUGAGGUUGCAGAUCCGUCUAAUCCUGCGCUUAAAGCCGAGGGUGUUGAUGCUGGUGAGAUGAUAAGAGGAUUAGUAGACGUGCGCAGGCGGUUAGAGAAAGUCAGGAUGGGGCGUGAGGGUAGAGGGAGAUUAGUUGAUGUUGUGCUUGGCGAUGGCGGCAAGGAGGAUGGUGAAGAAGACGUGGAGCAGCCCGGUGCGGAUGUCAAGGCAAAGGAGUCGAAAGUACAGGGAGUACCGGAAGUUCGAGGCGUCGCUGAAAUGGACAAACGAGUCGGGGAACUAGAGAAACUAGUGGGCUCUUCCACGCCGAUUACUCCACCCCUCCUUCCUAUGCUCACGCGCUUGAACUCACAACUGAUGCUAUUGACUCAACCGCGGCAUAUCGACUCCAUUUCCCGUCGAUUGAAACUGCUGCUGUCCGACCUUGAGCGAGUUUCUACCGCGCAGGCGCAAAAGCGCCAAUCGCCUGGGAGUACAACAAUAAUUCCUGGCACUGCAACCCAGGAUGCACUCCUUCCCCUUUUAACACGUCUGGCUCCUUCACUUCCUCACAUCCCACAUAUAUUAACUCGUUUGCGUACCCUCUCUGCGCUGCAUGCAUCUGCGGGUGAAUUUCAAGCCACGAUGGUGGCUCUCGAGGAAGAGCAGCAUAAGACAAGGGACGCUCUGGAGCUCUCAAAAUUGCGCUUAGAAGCUAACAAGGGGACAGUCGCAGGAAAUGUGCAAGGUCUGGAGGACAGAGUAGAUAGAGUUUUGACUCGGCUCGAGGAACUCUCAAAGUAA